UGUCGGUGUAGGACUCUGGACAGUUGUGUUUUUUCUUGUGCUUAUUGUAAACAAAAUAAAAUACACAUAAAUACCAAUGAAAAAUACAAGAAAUUAAUAAAUUUUUUAUACACCGCAAUAGUUAAUAAGUGUCUUAAUGCAAAAUGGAUAAUAAGAAAGAUAUUUACAAUCUAUGGGUGCAAUAUACAACAAAGAAUGAUGAAUCAUAUUUUCGUGAAUUUAUAGAACGUUUCGUAAGCAUUUGGCAAAGUCAAUUAUCAUUGGAUUUUAACUCGGAACAAUGUCCCUAUUGGCAUGAGGUUAAACCAGAUAGUGGCCCACAUUUGGGUCGUCUACCCGAUGAACUUUUACCGGCAAUUGGUAAAUUUAUUAUAGUCGCCAGUGAUUCGUGCCAAAAUGGUGAAAUUUCAGAGGAGACUAUACGUCAAAUAGCCAUACUCGUAGAUUGUUUGAUUAUUGUUUGCCGGCAUUUUGAUAAUAUUUUGGCCAUAAUUAAAUAUGAAUAUAAAUCAAAUUUAAUUGCUAUUCUAACAAAUGUAUUUCAACAGUGUAUUGAACAAAAAACGGCAUCAACUGAGGUUUCACAUCUUUUUCGCAGUUUUGCACAAUUCUUAGAAGUUAUGUAUGAUCCCUACUUGACAUGGCGUAGUUUUUUACGCAACAAUUUUGCCGAUUAUAAAAAGUUACCCUAUAAACCGCACAGCGUUCAUGUGGAAAUAAUACCAUUUAUUUAUGAUUGUUUUCAACACAAUGAUAUAACCAAAUAUCCCGAUAUAGGUGAAUCAUUAAUACACACUUUAGGAGCAAUAAUAUGUGGUUCCCAGAAAACUUUAGCUGCAAUUAAUUUAAAAAAUCUUAAAAAUACUGGUGAUGGUGUACAUACAUGUGAUAAUUUGCGUAAUGGCAUGAGAGCUAUUUGCCCAGCUACUGUUUCGGUUUUAAUAAAAAUUUUAUCACAAUGGGAAACUAACAAUAAUUUACGUAUUGUUACCUUAAGAUGUUGUGCUUUAAUGAUAAUCGUUUUACAAAAAUCUAGUCCAGAAGAACGCCAAAUAGAUCUAGUUACACUUAUAAAACUUUACUGUGAUGUUUUGGAUGAAUUGCUUAAAACAGACAUUUUUCAACGCCCUACUGUUGAUACAUUUGAUAUUGGCUCCGAUGACAAUGAUCCUAAUUAUGAUCAGACUAUAGAUGUUAAUGCUUUUGACUCAUCUGUUGAUAAUAUUAGUGUAUUUCUAGCAGAUGUACAAUCUUCUUCAUAUAUAUGUGAAGCUAUUGAGGAAACCAAUUUGGUGGAUAUAUUAAUUUCAAUACCGAAAUAUGUUAAAUGUUGGAAUUUAAAUUAUGCUCAACUUUUGAUGAAAGUUCUUAAAGCUUUAGCAUCCAUAACACGCAAUUCGCUAAGAAUUACCGAACAUAUACGUUAUUACGAUAAAGUGGGUAAACUAUUUAUGGGUCUAAUGGAGGUGGGUUUACCUUCUGUUGGACUGUUAGAGGCAGCCAUAGAAUUGGCUUAUAAUGCAGAGAUGGGUUUAAUUGUAUUACCCGAAGUCUUGACAAAACUUAUUGAAUGGUUGCCCGAGAUGGAUGUUAGAGAACAGACAUAUUUAAGUGAGAAAAUUUUAAAAGCCUGUACUGACAAUUAUGGAACUAAAUCCAUUGCUUGUGAAAGUCGUAUUAUUAAGUCUAUAUGUUUAUGUUUACAUCGUUAUGAAAAACUCUCCGAUCAAUGUAUACAAAAUUACAUUAAACUUAUUGAAGAACUUAGUAAAUUAAGUAUAAUACCCAUAGAAUUGAAAAGUAUUUUUAGCCUAUUAAGAAAAGAAAGUAAAUUUCCACAUUCAAAACAACUAUUACAGACCCUUGUUAGUGUUUCUUUACAAUCCUUGACUAGCACAAAUUUGUGUUCGCAAUAUUUUAAUUUCUGUGAGCCCGGCGAUGGUAUAGUAGUAACCGAUAUUAAAAACUGGUCUAUGUCAGGAGCUUAUGGUUUUAUUUUUCAUAUACUUUUACGUUUGGAUAAGCCCUCAGAUGGUAAAUCUAAAGCUGAUAACCAAGGAGAACAGGAACAAAGACCCAAUUGCAGGAGAAUGCUAUUGAAUUUACGCACUGGCAGUAAUACUGGUUUCGAGAUAUUCAUACAAAAUAAUGGCAAUAUAGUGGUGGCAGCUUUAACUAAACGAGAAUAUUUAACCUCCUCGGUAGCCUCUACUACAUUAAUGGAUGGUCAAUGGCAUUAUGUUACGGUGGCAAUAACACCACCCAAAAGACCUUUUUCUUAUAGUCAAAUUAAUGUCUAUAUAGAUUUUAUGCAAAAAAUAAGUGCCACUUUAAAAGUUCAGGCCAUAAAUGAGCCCUUUAUAUAUUGUUCUGUGGGUUCAGCUUUGCAGGAAAUAAAACCAACUGGUACAGCAACUGGUAGCCAUAGCAAUACCUCUGUAAUACCUAGAUCUUCAUCACAAGAUACUAAUCAAUCUUAUAAAGGCAUGUUGCCAAGUUUACUGGAAAGAACUUUAUCCACAAAUGUAUCCAACUAUUUCACUCUACCACUAAGGACUCAGUCUACUUCUUUUGAUCCCAAUGUUAAAAAUUUCCCUGUUGGUAUGCAGGAGACGGUAUUUGGUGAACAAAAAUGUCUUUAUGGACAAAUCGGUGGCGUAUUAUUGGCUGAACCUACUACUAGUCUUAAAACUAUAUUCGAUGCUGGCAUACAUUUCAGUUCUAUAUUCUCACAAGAUAAUGAUAUUUUGGAAUUAACAUCUAGAUUUGUUUUCUGCUACUCCCCUGCUGCCUAUACGCAUAAUACCUGUUUGGAUUUAAUACCCAGCGGACGUUAUAUGGGUCUAGUGCAGGCUCAACAUUGUCAUAUAGUAAAAAUACGUGAUACCAUUAAUAGUGUAGGUGGUAUACAAGCUAUAUUACCCAUAUUACAUCGUAUAAUUAAAGAGAAUAAUAGUGAAUUCUCUCUAGCCGCUGUAGCGGCAGAUUCUGCGGAAGAAUCUACAGAACCUUUAAAAACUCCCAUAACCGAGGAAUUUGCCGAUUGGGAAGUUUUAUCCUCAAACUCAUAUACCGAAUGGAAAAUGAUACAAUUUCCUAUAGCAAGUUUUAUGUGUUUCUUACGUUACUUAACCCAUGAACAUGAUAAUAAUCAGGAAAAUUUACUCAACAGUGAGUGUCUCUCCAUCAUAGGCAUGAUGUUGCAAAAAUGUCCUGCUAAAAUUUUUGAUGUUAAUGCCUUAAUGGCCACUCAUUUGUUUAUGGAAUCUGUACAGGGUCAUAAAUCCUCUACGGGACAAUCUAAUCUACCGCUACUAGAUGAUCUUUACACAUCAAUAGCUUUUAAUUUUGAUAUAUGGGUACAUAUGCCAUUUCAAAUAACUCUGGGUCAUGUUCAGUAUUUGGGUGCAAUGAUUAAAAAUGAUCGUAAAUAUUUUCGCAAAAAGUUUGGCAUACAAUUUUUUCUCGAUGUUAUACGUCAACACUAUGGUACACCGGAGAGUAUAACACCCGAAGAUGCCAAAACUAUACGUUCCACCAUAUUUGCCAUAAUACGUUUCUAUUUGCAAAAGGAUGUUAAUAUUAAGGAAAUUGGUUCGAUUAUAGCAUUUUUGGCUUCAGUUAAACAGGAACAUGUUUUGAUUGAAUUUUUGGAUAUGAUGACCAUGCAUAUAAAGGGGAAAAAUUGUCGUGAUCAAUUGAUAUUAUUGUUGCAUGAGCCUCAGACGGCGAAUUUGAUUUAUAACUAUUUUAUGGAUAAGAACAAUAGUUGUGAGCUGCAAGAGGCUGCUAUAAGGUUCAUUAGCAGCCUUCUGUCCACUUCACGCGUUCAAGCUAAAUAUAAACAAAUCAUGCGUUUACAUGAUGCCACCACCGAUGCAUCUCUAUUUCCAGGACUCUUCUCCUACACCAUACCCAUGCAAUUGAGUUCCACCAUAAUCUUUCACAUGCUCGAUGAAAUGCUAAAUACCGAAGUAGACUAUUGUGGUUUAUUAUUCUUAGUACAUCAUGUUAGCUCCUGUGAGUUGCCUGUUAAACUAGAGGUGGCCAAACGUUUAUUACAAUGUACGUUUACAAAACAUAACUCUCCACAAGCUAUAGCCAAACAACCGGGUUGGCAAGAGUCUAUUGCUCGGCUACUCAUACGUCGACCCAUUGAAAAUGUUAAACCCGAUGAGGAAAAACGCAAAAGUUUUGGUAUAAAUUUAGAUGUUUUACUAGAAGAUGAAAAUAAAUUUGAUAGUCAAGGAGAUCUUAUCAAUUUCUGCGAACAACAAAUGGAAAUUGAUCAUCCUGAACAUAGUGAUGGUGGUUUAAUACUAAAUGAAAUACAUGCAAGUGUUUCGGAAGCUGCCAAUGUUUUGGAAUCGGAAUUUAAAGAGUUAGCAGAAUCUGUUUCGGGUGUAGUUGUGGAAAAUGUUUCGUCUGUCUUUUCUGUAAUACGACAAACAACUCAUGAUUUACAAGAUACGUUUGAGUCAUUGACACUCGGCUCUUCAACAGAAAAUAUCGAUACUAGUUCUCUAAAAGAACGUGCUGAUUCUAUAAGUUCAGAAAGUUCAACACCUUCACCUAGAGGUGUUGCCAAAAAAGCCGAUUCUAUUGAAAGUAAUUUAGAAUUUUCCUCAGAAGCUGAUGUAGACAGUGAGGAACAAUUGGUGUAUUUGGUAUCGAAUAUUUUGUUCACUGUCUUUUGGCGUGGAGUGCCUAAUGAUCAUCCCGAAUGCUGGAAGGAAAGGGGACAAGUGUUGGGCUGCAUUAAUCUGUUGGCUUUGAAUAAUGAAUUAAUGGCUUCCCAUUUGUCCUUAAGAUUGCGCAUUUUGGAAAUGGCUGUCCAGGCUUCAUUAUUCGAUUUGGCAGAGCAUGGCAAUCAAACUUUGAUUAAUCAAGAGAAUGCUUCUCACAUUUUACGCAUGAUUUAUGACCUUGUCGUCUUGGGUUCCAAUGAAGAUGAUACUAAAAAAUGUUCUACCAAGUUAUUGGAUGGCGUCUUAGCUUUACUUGAUGCAUUAAUGAUAUUCCAAUCAGACUCUUCAGAUGAUUGGUCUGAUAUGAUACGCUUAUGUUUGGGUUUACUGCUAAAAUGUUCGCAUCAUCCCAAUCCUGGUGUGGUGGCAAUGGCAACAGCAAAACUUCAUGCCAUAUUACAGAGUCGCACCACUGAAAAUCCCAGUGAAUUGGCUUAUCUACUAUUUUCCAUAAAUAAAGCUUUGGAUAAUGCUAUUGAAGUGGGAAAUCCUGAAGAAUAUUCAUUCCUCAUGCCGGUCAUGAAAGCCUUAAUAGAAAAAUGUCGCAAUGCUUUUAAUUUAGAAUCUGUUUUGCCUGAUUUACCGCCCACAUCUUCGGGUCCGGUAUUCUUUAAUGAUUUCCAAAUGUAUAGUACGAGCAAGAAGUGGAAAAAUUUUAUGGAAAGAAUUGUAAGUACAACUGGAAAAAUAUAA